GUGAGACUUUGUUCCGGGUGGAAUAAAAAGUGAAAAGUUCGGAAUAAAUAUUUUUUUUGGAUCGGAUUUAAAUUAUUUUUGGGGUCGAUGGACUGAAAAUUAAUAUUUUUGAAAAUAUUUUUGUGAAUUUAAAUUUUUUAAGUGAGUUUUAAAAAAUAAAUUUUAUAAAAAAAAUUAAAAUCAAAACAUGAGUAAAAAGGAAAUAAGGAAGCAAAAAAAGUUGUACAUAAAUAUAUAAUUUGAACCAGACUCGAUCUCUUCCCGACUGUAUAUACAUACACUCAAAAGUCGCAAGGAAAAGUCAUAACAAUUGUUGUAAUAGCAAAUGCACGAAAGGGAUCUCACACUAAGAGUGAAAUUGAAUGCGCUUGCAUAGACAGCCACAUUUGUGUUAGUGUAUGAAGACAUAAUUGUUGUGGUAGUCGUCGGGUAGUAAAAGCGAAGGACGAGAAGGAUAUGCAUGUGUAUUGUGUAUGACGAAUGCGAUAGACACAAAAACAACAAAAAAUUUUCUCAAUUUUCGCACAAUCGACUAACGUUUGUCCUAGGUCGUGGCAACUAAAAGCCAUGGAAGCUUUCACCCCGAGUGGAUGUGUGUUGUAAAACAGUGCAGUAAAGCAGGAUUUUUUUUUCAUUUAUGUUAUGCAUUUUUUAUGCUUUUCGUUUGAUUUUCUGUGAAAGUUGAAGAAAUUUGUAAAAGUUUUAUGGAAAAUUCUUUGUGAAUAAGAACAAAAAAGCCUUAAAAAUCCUUAAAAAAGGAGAAGAAAAAGUGAAAAAAAAUUUAUUUUUAUUUUUUCAAGCGAAAAAAAAACUGACACUGGAAAAAAAAGUUGGAAGAAAACGAGAGAAUUUUUUUCAAUUGAGAAGAAAAGUCGAGAAGUGAAAAUACAGGAAAGGAAAAAAGAAAUUGCGGAAGGACAGGAAAAAUUGAGGAAGAAAUUUUUCCUUCAACAGAUUUUUUUACUUGGAAAUGAUCAAAAAUAACAAUAAAAUAAGCAGCAACUAUGUCAGAAACAAGUUCAUCAUCAAGAGGUGCACCAUCGCCAUCAUCACAUUCAAAUUCAUCACUACAGCAGGACUACGAUAUUACGCGAAUGCGUGAGGAUGAUUUUGAGAGAUUAGCUGUAUAUAUUGUACCAGAUGUUCCAUGUGAACGAGGCCUUUCAAAUCGGGCGGAAAAGACUUUGCCCAGAAGUCUAACAUUAAAGGCUUCACUGGCGCUAUCGACGCCCACACAACCGAUUGAAGGUGUAUGGAGCACAGGUGUUAUACCAAAAGGAACGCGAUUCGGUCCAUUCGAAGGACUUCGCGCAUCAAGUUAUCCAAGUGAUAAAUCAGCAUGGAGAUAUUUCUGGAGGGUUCAGGAAUUGAGACAUGUCUCAUAUGGAAAUAUUAAGAUAUUCAAAGAUAGUGAUUUCUAUUACCUUGAUGGCUCGGAUACAUCACACGCAAAUUGGAUGCGAUAUGUUGCAUCUGCAUAUAAUUUAACGGUUAUGAAUCUCGUGGCGUGUCAGCAUCAAGAGCACAUAUACUUUUAUACAAUACGUGAUAUUAUGCCAAAUGAGGAAUUGAUGGUUUGGUAUUGUCGGGAUUUUGCAAAGCGCAUGGGAUACGACAUCGAUCCAGAACGUGCAACAUAUUCAAUUUGUAAGGAGGAAACACUUAAAAAGGCUGUUCAAACGUACGCUAUGCCAAAAGCUAAAAUUACACCGGAAGUUGCCUAUAAUCAUAUGAAAUAUGUGAUGGGACUUCAUCUACCCGUACUAAGAAAACCAGACUCACCACCGACACCACAAUUAGGACAACAUCCACAACAUCAAACAGUACUGAAUUUAAGAGAAUCUCAUGAAGUUGUACGUGAUAGAUCACCAAUUAGAAUAAUGAUACACGAGAAUGGUCGAACACAUGUUGAUGAUGGAUCAACGACCAUUGUCAAGGUCCAUCCAGAAAAGGAUGAAGGAUCACCGAAAGAUCCAUCAGCACCAUAUGAGCAUCAACAAUUGACACCAAAUGAUGGAUCUGUGAGAUCAGAUGAAGGUUAUCAUAGUAAUUAUCAUGAUGAUGGAUUCACACCGCCCGAGGACUCGAGCGACAGUGAAAGUGAAACAAAUUAUGUUCUUGACUGCUCACAGAAGACUAUUGAACCGAAAGAGACUGCCGUAUCAUCAAAGAAUAAUAAUAAUAAUAUAAAUAUUGUUAAUAAUAAUAAUUCUAAUAUUAGUAAUAAUGUAGUUGUGACUGAAUCAGCUGAUGGCAAGAAUGAUUAUCGUAAAGUUAAGAUGAAGAUGCCAUUAAAAUAUGAAUUUAAGAAUAAACAGCAACAGCAGCUAAAAUCACAAGCAUUAUGCGAUUUAUCACACGAUGACGUUGCAAUGACUGAUGUUGGGCAUGAUGAUAUGAUGGAUUCAGCGCCAUCAGUCAUUCAAAUGAAGCCUGCAACAAGCACCGUUAUUGUCCUCGAGUCAUCAACAAACACAAUAAUUCCAUUGACUAAACCAUACUAUGAACCUGAGACAAGUGUAUCACCAAUUAAUGGACAUGCAUCGGCGGCAUUUAUGCGCUAUACACCUCCAACGUCGAGCAUUCUUGAGACAAUUUUGACAGGAAAUCGACUUGUUGAUCAACAACAAGAGUCAACACGUCGUCAACCUAAUGCAACACCACCACCAACAUCACCGACUGAAAUGGCAUAUUCAUAUAAAAAGUCACAGCGAUAUGGAAAUGCAUGUAGUCCAGACUCAAGCUCUAAUCCACAACCUGUAUCAUCUGGUUCACCACCAUCACCGCCUCAAAUUAUCCAAAUGUCAAGCUCACGACUGGAUGCAUCACCACCGACACUAAUCUACAUUAAUAACUCAUCAUCGUAUGAAAAUAAUAAUAAUAAUAAUAAUAUUAAUAAUGGAAUUAUGAACCAAAGAACAUCACCGACAUCAUAUGGAACUUAUAGUAUUUAUUCGACAUCUAAUGGUCCCAGUAUGUUGACACCAAAUAGUAAUGGAUCAUACUCGCCUCCAUUAAAUAAUGGACAAUAUGAGAGAUUAACAACAUCAUCAGCAUCACCGCCAUCAUCGGCUGCAAAUAUUUUACCAUUUAAUCAUCUUCAUCAUCACAGUCAAUUACCAUUAUCACAUCCAUUAUUGCAGCCAUUGCAACAUAUUCAAACGACACAUGAUUCACGUUCAUCGCACUCACCACCAUGCAGCUUAAGUCCUGAUGGUGAAUCAUACUCGAGAAGUGGAUCUCCACAUUCACCGGAAUCGCCCGGAUCACGAGGCUAUAAAAGUUUACCAUAUCCGUUAAAGAAACGUGAUGGAAAGAUGCAUUAUGAAUGCAAUGUCUGCAGUAAGACAUUCGGACAAUUGUCUAAUUUAAAAGUACAUCUGAGAACACAUAGUGGGGAACGUCCUUUCAAAUGCAACAUACCAACAUGUUCCAAGUCAUUUACACAAUUAGCUCACUUGCAGAAGCAUCAUCUUGUACAUACUGGAGAGAAACCACACAUGUGUGAAAUCUGCAAAAAAAGGUUCUCCUCAACAUCAAACUUAAAGACUCACUUGAGACUUCAUUCGGGACAAAAACCAUACGAAUGUGAUUUAUGUCCACAAAAAUUCACGCAAUUUGUUCAUCUCAAGUUGCAUAAACGACUACAUACAAAUGACAGACCAUACGUCUGUCAGGGCUGUGAUAAAAAAUAUAUUAGUGCUUCAGGACUUCGUACCCAUUGGAAAACUACAAGCUGUAAGCCAAAUAACCUUGAAGAGGAAAUGGCUAUGGCAGCUGCUGCUACGAAUGAGUAUUUGGAUAAAGAUCAUGAGAUGGAACGAGAGCAUCGUGAGCUCUACGAAUACCAACAUGACUCACCUCCUCAUCAACCACAACACCAGCAACCACAUUUAUCACCACAAACAGUUCAUAUAACUCCAAAUCAUCCGCAUCUAAGGCAUGUGGGACAUCCACAAACGUCAAUAAUUUGCAUUCAGCAACAACAACAACAACAACAACAUACACCCACGCAUCAUCAUCAUCAUCAACAGCAGCCAACAAUUAUUGCCACGAGUAAUCAAUCAUCAUCACAGAUCCCGCAAGUACAAAGUCAGUCACAGCCUGAACCAAUGCAAGAGCAAUUUCAACUUAUCAAGAAAGAGGCAACGACGCAUUUUGCAACAUCACAUCAUCAAAAUGGCGGUGAGAUGAGACCCAGCGUGAUUGAGUCUAAUCAACCAAUGGUCAUUGAAUGCACAUAAAUUUUAAAAAAUAAUAAUUUUUAAGAAACGCAACAAAAAUUUUGAGAUGAAAUUUAUAAACUUUAAUUCUUUUCUUUUUGCUAAGUGAUGAUGCAUUAAGUUUUUAUUAUGAAUCCUAAUUGAUUUUGUACAUAUGAUGAAGAAUUUAAAUAUUAAGUUUGUAUAGAUAAAGUUAAUUAAUUAUUAUUAUUCAACCUUGUUGUUGUUUUUUUCUUCUGAAUUGAUGAAAAAGGAUGAAAAUGAAGAUGAGAUGAGGUUUUUGGAUGGGGGUGUGAUGGGGUGCUUGGAGAUGUUUUGAAGAAUUUUUUGAAGUGUAACUUAGAAUUUCAAUAUAAAGAGCUUGAAGCUGAUUUAAAAUUUUCUUUUGAUUUAUUUCGGAUUGGAUACAUUCAGAGUAUACUCUAGGAUUUAUAGUUUUAUUCUCAAUCUGAAACCUUUUGCUGAAAACACUUCUUCAAACCAUCAUUAGCACUCCUGCUCUUAUUAUUGACACUUAGAAAAUAGUUUUCAAACUUAAAAAGUGUUUAAUCUGGCACGAGGGACUCUCUUAUGUCACUGAAGAGCUUACAUUGGCACACCUAGUUUGAAAAUUAGAUUUAAGUUCACAAAAGUGUGAAACAGCCUCCCAAAAAAUGUAUAUUGUACCAUAAAGUGAGUUUUUAAAACAUGAAUGGUCGAAUAAAUGGUUACGAAAAAAAAUCUGAGAAUGCAAGAAAGUGUUAAAUGAAUUAUUUUCAGUAUUUUGAUACCGCAAAUGUGAAAAAAAAUCUCAAAAAAAAACCUUUACUGAUUAUAAGAAUAAGCUAAUUAUAAUGAUAAUUUAAAUUACACUAAUGAGACUAUAAAUAAAUGAUUACGCAUAUAACUGACUGAUAUUCUUUAAUGUAGAAAUAUAAAUUUUUAUUAGAAUUUAUCUUCAUAAAGGAACUGAUUUUUCUUAAUUUUGAAACAAUUUUAUGAUUUUUUUUUCGGUCGAGAAAUUUUUCUUUCUUUUUACAAUUUUGUUUGGAGUCAUUUUAUGUCCUUAAGUACAUUUUGAUCUCAAAAAUAAAGAAAAUUCUCUUUUAAAAAAAUAUUUUGAGUAUUUUCAAGAACUGAAGUGAAAGUAAAAUUCAAAAAUCAAUUGUUUUGAUGAAACUAAGAAGCUUAUUGGACCAUUUUUGUGAAAAUUUUCAUAUUGAAAAAUUAACUUUAAAAUGACUCAAAACAAAAUUUUAAUAAUGUUUCCUAUUUUUUUUAUUUUAAAAUAUCAAAAAUGUUAAGCAAUAAUUGUAAUGUAAUGGAUCAAAGAUACCUUAAAGCUACACUUUUACACACAUUUUCACAAUACAUACAUACAUACAUAGACAUGCAUACACAUACAACAUAUGAAACAAUAAUAGAAAUAAAUAUAUUAAUUCUAAUGAUUACAAGUUUUAGGAGGAAAAUGUUGUAGAAAUAGUGAAAUUAAGGUUGUGGAUUUUUUGGUGUGAUUUUAUGGAAAAUAUUCUUGAAAAUGACAUCAAGGAUCCUCUAAUUCCAACUUUUACCUGUAAAAAUAUCCUCCAGAUUCUCUUCAAGCAGAACAGAAACCAUAGAAUCAUAUAAGAACUACCUUACUCUCUUAACCAAUCUAUCAAAAAAUCAGAGAAAAACUUUAUACAAAAUAAAAACCAAUGAGAAAUCCUUCUGAAAUAAUCAAAACCCUAAAACCAUAUAUUUCUAUCUCUUUC